AUGCCCUCACAUGCACAAGUUUCCGCCCAUGGCGCUCAUGGUAUCAUCCUCCUGGGACACAACAACACCAGCGUAGCCCACGUCGAUGCCGUGAGCAGUAAGACACCGUUCGCUUCAAUUGGGAUACCGGUGACGAUGCUCGAACUGGAUUCGGGGACAGCAACUAAACCUGGAACCAAAUCAUCCUCAUCCGCCAGUCCAGCGGUCUCCUUUAACGGACAAUUCGGUCUCAUUGAUUUUGAUAGCUCAAUCCGCCUCCCUCGACACGUGCACAUUGCCCCGCCAGAGGCAUCUGGAGAUGAGUUCAAUGAAAUCAAACGGACUUUUGUAACGGAAAGAAUCCUGGUUUUGGAUGGUGUCGCUCUCGUUGAAUUGAAUGGCAGCGUCUACGUGGUGCCACCCAGGACAUUGGUCACCAUCGCUCCAGGAGUACCGCAUACUUGGACUGCAUGCCCGGCAGGCGUGUCAUUCUCGGAAGCUGCGAGGCUCUGCGGAGGUCCUAUCCAUCCACAUUCAGAGACAGAAACAGGAACACAGUCCAAGACAUUCCCUGUUUCUAAUGGGUCCUUCUUGAUGGUUUACGAGUACGAAGACCCUACUGGCUUCUUCCCAACAGAACAAACAGAGACACUAGAGUCGGUGAAGGACUAUAUUAGGUGCGAUGAUUUGGAAAGGAUCCGAUUUCCGCAAAUGUCGGCCCAGGACAUCUACAAGAAAGGAUGGUUUAUUCUUGGGGGGGAAGUAUGGAACCUUGGAGAAGGUAUCAGCACAAGCAUAUAG